AUGAUCAUUUUCAAGGACGUUAUUUCUGGCGACGAACUUUUGUCUGACGCUUACGAGCCCAAGCUCAUUGACAACGCCGUCUACGAAGCCGACUGUGCCAUGGUUCAAGUCGGUGGUGACAACAUCGACAUUGGUGCCAACGCUUCGGCCGAAGGUGGUGAUGAAGAAGUUGAAGACGGUGUCGAAACCGUCAACAACGUUGUCCACUCGUUCAGAUUGCAACCUACCCAAUUUGACAAGAAGUCGUACCUCACCUACAUCAAGGGUUACAUGAAGAAGGUCAAGGCUUACUUGGCUGAAAAGCACCCCGAACAAGUCGAAGAAUUCGAAAAGGGUGCCACUGCCUACGUGAAGAAGGUCAUUGGUUCGUUCAACGACUGGGAAUUCUUCACUGGUGAAUCGAUGGACCCCGACGCCAUGGUCGUGUUGUUGAACUACAGAGAAGACGGCACCACCCCUUUCGUCGUUGUCUGGAAGCACGGUAUCGAAGAAAUGAAGAUUUAA